CUCCUCCUCCUCCUCCUCCUCCUCAGAGUCGAACCUCUCCGUGUGUCCGUGUUUUAUCUGGAGGACUUUUCCUUGGAGAAACCUUGUAAAGACGCGUCUGGACAUAAAGACAGAGGACAGGAAGAAGAAGGAUUAAAAACAGACCAGGAGAAGAAGAAGAAAGGAGUAAACGAGGAGAGCUGGAGGAGGAAAAGGGCGUUCAGACUUCGAAGUAACCAUGGAAGUUCCUGGUAUGCAGAGUACCCAGAUCGAUCCAGAGGAGCUCUUCACGAAACUGGACCGCAUCGGGAAGGGAUCUUUUGGAGAGGUGUUCAAAGGCAUCGACAACCGCAGCCAGAGCGUGGUGGCCAUCAAGACCAUCGACCUGGAGGAGGCGGAGGACGAGAUCGAGGACAUCCAGCAGGAGAUCACGGUGCUCAGCCAGUGCGACAGUCCCUACAUCACCAAGUACUACGGCUCCUAUCUGAAGGGCAGCAAGCUAUGGAUCAUCAUGGAGUAUCUGGGUGGAGGCUCUGCUCUCGACUUGCUGCGGGCAGGUCCGUUCGACGAGUCUCAGAUUGCCACCAUGCUGAAGGAGAUCCUGAAGGGCCUGGACUACCUGCACUCUGAGAAGAAGAUCCACAGAGACAUCAAAGCCGCCAACGUGCUGCUGUCGGAGCACGGCCAGGUGAAGCUGGCCGACUUCGGGGUGGCCGGCCAGCUGACGGACACGCAGAUCAAGAGGGAGACCUUCGUGGGAACGCCGUUCUGGAUGGCUCCGGAGGUCAUCCAGCAGUCUGCCUACGACUCCAAGGCGGACAUCUGGUCGCUGGGCAUCACGGCCAUCGAGCUCGCUAAGGGCGAACCCCCCAACUCCGACAUGCAUCCCAUGCGAGUCCUCUUCCACAUCCCCAAGUCUCCUCCUCCCACGCUGAGCGGAGACUUCUCCAAGAGCUUCAAGGAGUUCACCGAAGCCUGCCUCAACAAGGACCCUGCCUUCCGUCCCACAGCCAAAGAGCUGCUCAAGCACAAGUUCAUCGUCAAACACUGUAAGAAGACGUCCUACCUCAGCGAGCUGAUCGACAGGUACAGGCGGUGGAAGGAGGCGGGAAACAGCGACAGCAGCUCCGACGACUCCGACAGUGAAUCCAGCAACAAAGAGAACAGCGAGUCCCCAGAGUGGUCCUUCACCACCGUCCGCCAGAAGAAGCCGGUCAGCACGAGGGUCCUGAUUGGGCCGGGUCAGGAGCCAAUAAGCAAAUCCACCAGUUUGACCACGGUCAUCUCUCCGGUCUUCAGUGAGUUGAAAGAGCAACAUAAGGAGCAGUCCGAGCAGCGGCUGGCCAUCGAGGAGCUGGAGCGCAACAUUCGCUUGGCCGAGGACGUUUGUCCAGGCAUCACAGACAGGAUGGUCAAACACAUCAUCGCCAGAUUCACCACAAACUGAAGGACGCUCUUAAUUACGUGAAGAAGUGAAGAGAGACUGUUUCUCCGCAUGGUGACGCUGCUGGAUGAGGAAAACCGAGGAGAUUUGCUGUGCGAUGUCUCCUCUCUGAGUACACACACACACACACACACACACACCACACACACUACUAAUGUAAUAUAUACACUAUAUUUUAUAUAUAUUUGUAUAUUCACUGCAGCUGGUUGAAGACCUUUUCCUAAGAUUGAUUGAUCAGACAUUCUUCAUUUUCUUUUUUCCUCCACUUCGUCGGGGCCGCUUCUCAAGAUUUUGGCGUCUAAAUCGAACAUUUCCUCUGACCUUUGACCUGAGCUUCCUUACCACGACAAAUGACCCUCACAUGUGCCUUAAUUCAUGCCGCAAUCAGUGGAUUUCUGAAUGUUUGCCGAUUCCUCCUCCACCAGCAGUGCGAUGCUUCGUUUCGUGAUUUGCCGGGAGAGUCUGUAAAUGUCCGCACGCCUGUUCAGUAGCACUUGAGACAGACUUUAUGCCAACGUUCCAUUUGUUUUGUUGUCUUCGGUAAUACUUUUAAUUACAGUUCCCUGAUCCCACGACCCAUUUGAGGUCAAACCCUGAAACAUGAGCCUACUUACUAUUUUACUCGACAGACGUUCAGUUGAGUGUGCACAGUAACUAAUUUGAACAGCUGACAAAAAAAAAAAUCCUGUCAAGUUUUCAGUUAUAAAAAACGAGCCACUUUUGGUAGUUUCUUUCCAUCCCAUACAGCAGUUAGCG